AUGGCUGCUCACUGCAGCUGUAUUGCAGGCAACAUCACAGUCAUCCUCGGAGCCCACAAUGUUCACGAGCCGGAGGAAACCCAGCAGCGCCUGCGUGUGCGACGCAUCAUCCCCCACCCAGAAUUCACCAGGGACCCCUUCACCAACGACCUCCUGCUUCUGCAGCUGGAGAAGAAGGUGGAGGUGACGGAGGAGGUGAAGCCGCUCAACUUGCCCUCAGCUCAUUCCACCCCAAAGGCGGAGGAGAAGUGCCUGGUAGCCGGAUAGGGGCUCACUAGCCCGAAUGCCAUUGUGCCCCCUAGUACCCUACAUGAGGUGCAAGAGCAGGUGCUGGAUAAGGACACGUGCAUCAUGUAUUAUCCUGGCUACAAGCACGCCAGCAUGCUGUGU